AUGGCUGUCAACUUCAACCAGUCACCAAACACUGAGCUGACAGAAAACCUCGUUGCCUACUUGGAAAGAAAUUUCGUAGGAGCAGGACUGAGAAAAAGUGAUGUUCGUGACUUUGUCUACACGAACUUCACUAGCAGAAAGCAUGCAGCUAAUAAGUCUCAGGCUAAAAAGAAGUCAGACAAUGCUCGCAACAGAAGGAGUAGCCGCGAAAAGGAGCACUUGAAACGUCGCAAAACAACGUACCAGUCUAACAAGACUGCUAUUGAUGACGAGAUGAAAAGAGAUUGCUCUGGUCUCAUUAUAGAAGAGGCUAUGUCUGUUGGUGAGUCAGACGAUGGCACUUCGCCUCAUGUUUCUUAUAGUGGGCUUCAUCUUUGUCGUCCAGGUUGGAGAAGUGAUGAGUACAACCACUUCAUCACACUUGUUGACAACAAAGUGGUAGCUGAUUUAGGCUUAAAUAGCCAUCAAUUGCUGUCACGUGCUUUUGACGAAACCAUUGAAGGACCAGUCCCUGAUGCAAUUGCGUCACAGUUUCCUCAGUGGGCUCUUAGAAACGGGCCCUAA